CCGGCAGCACCACAUAAAUCGCGAGAGGACGCUUAAAUCUUGACGCUUGCGUUUAGGACCACUUCGAUAUCCAAUUGCUUCAGCAUCAUUUAUCGAAAAGACCAUCUCUUCCCACAUCAUAUUGAUGCCUUUGUUGUUCAUGAUGGUUCGUAGUGGAAAAAAUGGUGACCUUCAUCUUAAACAGAUUGCAUAUUAUAAACGAAUUGGUGAAUAUCAUCCAACUACACUGCCUAGUGAGAGAAGUGGCAUAAGAAGAGCAGCAAAAAAAUUUGCCUUCAAAGAAAAAAAGCUGUUUUAUGUCGGAAAAGACAGAAAACAAAAUCGUUUGGUAAUUGUUUCAGAAGAAGAAAAAAAGAAAGUCCUAAGAGAAUGCCAUGAAAAUGACACUGGAGCCCAUCAUGGCAUAUCCAGAACCCUUACUCUAGUGGAAUCCAGCUACUAUUGGACUUCUGUGACCAAUGAUGUCAAACAGUGGGUAUAUGCUUGUCAGCAUUGCCAACUGGCAAAAAAUACGGUUAUUCUAGCACCUAAACAGCAUCUUCUCAAAGUGGAGAAUCCAUGGAGUAUAGUUACUGUUGAUCUGAUGGGCCCUUUUCAUACAAGCAGCAGAAGUCAUGUAUAUGCUAUAAUCAUGACAGAUUUGUUCACAAAAUGGGUUGUGAUUUUGCCUCUUUGUGAUGUUUCAGCAUCAGAAAUUUCUAAAGCUAUUAUCAAUAUAUUUUUCUUAUAUGGACCUCCUCAGAAAAUAAUAAUGGACCAAAGAGAUGAGUUCAUUCAUCAGAUCAAUGUAGAACUGUGUGAAUUGUUUGGUACAAAGCAAAUUGUAAUUUCUCAUGCCUCCCAAACUAUUAAUCCAACUGUAAGUACACAUAGCACAAUCAAAACAUUUCUUUCCAAACACUGUGCUGACUACCCAAACAACUGGGAUGAUCACCUAGCAGCUGUUUCAUUUGCCUUCAAUGUUACUCACUCGGAACCUACGAAAAAUACACCGUAUUUUCAAAUGUUUAAUAGAAAUCUUUACAUGCCUGAGACUUCAGAUAUUCUUCGUGAAGUGGAUGGUAAUAAUACAAGUAUGUUUGCCAGAAUUCUAGGUGCAAUUAAAGAAGCUGAUAAAGUAAUGGAGAAUAAGACAACUUCAGCGGGCCAGAUGGAGAACAACAGUUUUGAUGAACUAAAUAAAAGCAAAAUCAUUGUUAAAAAGAAACCAAAGCAAUUAAAUCCAUUUCAACUAAAAGUGGGUCAUGAAGUUUUAAGACAAAGGAAAAACUGGUGGAAGGAUGGUCGUUUCCAAUCUGAAUGGGUUGGUCCUUGUGUCAUAGACUAUAUUACAGAAAAUGGAUGUGCUGUUCUGAGAGACAACACUGGGACAAGACUUAAAAGACCCAUUAAAAUGUCCCACCUCAAGCCCUAUGUAAGAGAAUCCAGUGAACAAGACAGUCUUUAUCUCUUACAAGGUUCAGUAGUGGCAGAUCAUGACUACAUUGGAAUGCCUGAAAUUUCAGUUGGAGCAUACCAAGCAAAUAUUCUGGUAGAAGAUGCGACUAUUGGAGUAGUCGACAAUGAAUUACUGACAUCAAGCAAGGAUCGUGAACUGUUAGAAUAUAGAAAUGCCAAAAUCUCUCCCUUGAUAGAAGAUCAUAGUACUCUUGAAAAGCAGACUUUUAGUCUCUUGGACUCUUCAAACCAAGUCCUUGAGUACUUAAGUUAGUGAACACCAAAAUUCAUUUAAAGUGCUUGUUUAGAAAGUAUAUCUCCUUGAAUCUUGUUAUCUUUUCCAUUCAAAAAGGUUAUUUAGAAAAAGUAUCUUGACAAACUCUUAAUGACUAAAUCCUGAAGAUUUAUUUUAUAACUAUUUAUUUAUCUAAAGUUGUGCCUCAUUUGAAUGUCAGUGCAUAUAUAUAUAUAUAUAUGCAAAGGAAGUAUAUUACAUAGAUGUCAUUUUUUCUUCUAAAAAGAGAACAGGCAAAGCAUGCUUGCUUCUUAGGAAGUAAACUAAAUUCUAGCUCAAAACUUUGUUUGAUAUUGGUACCAUGUUUUCAGUUUUAAUUUUUUUUUUAAUGUUCCCCCCUUUUAAAAAAUGUUUGAACUA